AUGCGAUCCAAGUUCAAGGACGAGCAUCCCUUCGAGAAGCGCAAGGCCGAAGCCGAACGCAUCCGCCAGAAGUACUCAGACCGCAUUCCUGUCAUCUGCGAGAAAGUGGAAAAGAGCGACAUCGCAACGAUCGAUAAGAAGAAGUACCUGGUCCCAGCCGACCUGACCGUCGGUCAGUUCGUCUACGUAAUUCGCAAGCGCAUCAAGCUCUCCCCGGAAAAGGCAAUCUUCAUCUUCGUCGAUGAAGUCCUACCGCCGACGGCUGCCCUUAUGAGCAGUAUCUACGAGGAGCACAAGGACGAGGAUGGGUAA